AUGACGACUCGGUCCAUCAUGAGCUAUGGGUCAGAAUCUCUCGACAUCUUCACCCGUCGGUCUGUACCAAAAAUCGACAUACUGUUGGUCGGUCAAAAGCCAGGGCUGGUCAGUUCAUACACAACCAGUGAUCGCAUUGAGGGCCAUGUCACCGUCAAGGUAGACACAGACACCCGCUUCGAUGAAGUCGAGAUUAUCUUCCAAGGGUCGUCGCAUGCUAUCGUGGAGCGUGCCGCAUGUCCGGGGCGUACAGGCUCCCAGCAGAUGUUCCUGAAGCUCCGUCAGCCAAUUGAAGAGUCAGAAUACCCUUGUCCAAGAAUUUUGGAAGCUGGCCGAACCUAUUCAUAUCCCUUCACGUUUGUGGUACCCGAUCGCCUGCUCCCGCAGGCCUGCACCCACCCGCGGUCGAGUAUCCACAUUCACCAUGCACACACGACACUACCACCGACUCUGGGUGAUCCCAUGUUGGCUGGCAAUGGCAAGGUAUUGCUAGAUGAUAUGGCUCCCAGCAUGUGUCAGGUAUCUUAUACAGUGCGUGCUGCGGUUUUGAAGAAACCCGUUGGCGACCAAGGCGGGCUCAAGACUUUGGCCAGCACGGCCAAGAAGGUUCGCAUCAUUCCGACUGUCGAAGAGGAGCCUCCGAUUAACGUGGCGGAUCACACCGUGUACAUCACUCAGAAGGAGAAACUCGUGAAACGAGGGUUCCUGCGAGGCAAGCUGGGUCGAUUGGUUGCUUCCGCGUCGCAACCCAGUCCCAUUCGGCUGCUUCCUCUUGGUUCUGCAGCUGAUAACACUGUCACCACUGUCGCCAGGAUCCAUUUGAGAUUCGAUCCCGCCGGGGGUGAGCAGCCCCCCAAACUUGGCUCCUUGUCAAGUAAGAUCCGGGUCAGCACCCACUUUGGCGCAGCACCCUGGGAGGAUUUUCCUACGCAGAAGACGGGCACAUACCAUGGCCAAGUGGGCCAGGGACUCUUCAUCGACACUGUUUCAAUUUCCAACCUGUGCGUUGCCUCCGCGCAGUGGAAGAAGCACACCACACAACUUGAGCCGGAGCGACGGUCGUCGAUGCUGUCAAUGAUCUCAGACGACUCACAGGAGUCAACCACUGCCGAUGCCAAGGCCACCUACUUCACUACAUCGCUGGUGAUCCCCAUCAGCCUUCCCAAGAACAAAGCAUUUGUGCCAACCUUCCACUCCUGCCUGAUCUCUCGCAUCUAUGCCCUCGACCUCUCUUUGACCUACCACACUCCGGGUGCCAAUGUUCUCACCCCGACCAUCUCUCUGCGUCUCCCAAUCCAAGUCAUCACACAACCUGACAAUGCCCCCUCGUCCAAAAACGGGGCCAGCGUGAUCGUUACCCCAGAAGAAGUGGAGGAGUAUUUUCAACCUCGUUCAGUCGCCCCGCCUACUGAGUCAGUCGUCACUACGAAUCUCCAGGCCCCGCCGGGGUACUCGUAG